AUGGCUGUAUCCGUGACCGACUCAUCCAAAACGCUGAAACGUAAAAAGAGCAAAUCUAAAAAGGACGAUGUGACGCCCGUGGAGACUAUUGCCGAGACUGCUGUAGAAGAAGUCGAGGAUGAAGAGGAUGAGCGCGCACGUAAGCGUAGGAGGAAGGAGGAAAAGAAACGGAGGAAAGCGGAGGAGGCUGCAUCUACCUCUGAGAACGUGUCUGGCGCUGCUACACCCGCUGCUGUGACGGAAGAUGCCGAAGACGUGAAGGAGACGAAGGAGGAGAAGAAAGCGCGCAAGGCUGCUAAGAAGGCGAAGAAGGCCGCAGAAGCUGCUACAAACGGUGAUACACCUGUCACAACUCAGCAGCCCGACCCAUCAUCUUCCGCGUCUGCGCCCUCAAAAUCCGAGAUCGAGUCUUACCUCGCAAAACACAGCAUCAGCCUGUCUAUACCAGCUUCUACGCCGACUUUCUCACCAUAUCUCUCCUUCGCCGCUGUACCCGUGCCUUCCAACUUGCGUUCUGCAUUCGGCACGUUUAAGGAGCCCACGCCGAUUCAAGCGUGCGCAUGGCCUCCGCUCAUGAAGGGGCGCGACGUCGUCGGCAUCGCGGAGACAGGAAGUGGAAAGACGCUCGCGUUCGGUAUCCCGGCAUUGUCGAGGUUAUUGGAGGAGCAGACGAAGAAUGGCGAAGGCGAGAGCAAGAAGUCGAAAAAGAGGGGCAAGAAGGGCGGCAAUGGCCAACUGCCCCGCGUACUCAUCCUCGCGCCCACUCGCGAACUUGCUCUGCAAUCACACGACGUCUUGGCGCCUAUAUCCACCCCUCUCAACUUGCCGUGUGUGGCACUAUUCGGCGGCGCACCGAAACAGCCGCAAGUCGAGGCUCUGCGUUCAGGCGCGUCUAUCGUCGUUGGUACACCGGGCCGUAUCAAGGACCUCGUGAACGACGGCGAGCUCUUGCUCGGAGAGGUCGACUACCUAGUGUUGGAUGAGGCGGAUCGGAUGUUGGACAAGGGGUUCGAGAAUGAUAUCCGCGCCAUCAUCGGGUAUACGGAGGAGACGGGACGGCAGACGGUUAUGUUCAGCGCGACGUGGCCUGAGGCUGUACGUCGCCUGGCGGCAUCGUUCCAGCACGAGCCUGUACGCGUCACAGUUGGAUCGGAGGAUUUGACAGCGAACACGCGCGUCAGUCAGCAACUUGAAGUGUUCGACGACGAGCGCGAGAAGGACCAGCGUCUACAGAACCACCUCCGCAAACUCUUACCCAAAAAUUCCAACUCAGAAGACAAAGUGCUCGUCUUCGCGCUGUACAAGAAGGAAGCGGCGCGCGUCGAGAUGCUGCUCAAGCGCUCGUACGCUGUUACGGCUUUGCAUGGCGAUAUGUCGCAGAGCGCGCGCCUCGCUGCACUACAGUCCUUCCGCGACGGCGAAUCCAAAGUGCUCGUCGCAACAGACGUCGCCGCGCGUGGACUCGACAUCCCAUCUGUGGCGGCCGUCGUGAACUACAGCUUCCCUCUCACAGUCGAAGACUACGUGCACCGAAUCGGCCGUACUGGACGAGGAGGCAAGACGGGGAGGAGCAUCACGUUCUUCACCGGCGGCAAGCAUGAACGCGCGCUGGCGGGCGAGCUAUCGCAUGUGCUUCGGGAGGGCGGGUUCGAUGCCGAGGCGGAUAAACUCGGCAAGUUCCCGCAAGCGAUCAAGAAGAAGACGCAUGCGGCGUACGGGGCGUUCUUCAGGGAUGAUGUGGAUAUGAGCGCUGCGCCUACUAAGAUCACGUUUGAUGACUGA